ACGUACCUCUUCAACCUCAACGCGGCGCAGGUGGUGGACGCCUGCCCGAAGGGGAACAUGUCGCGGUUCGCGAACCACUCGGACAAGGCGAACUGCGACACGAAGAUCAUGACCGUGCGCGGCGACCAGCACAUCGGCCUCUACGCCAAGGAGCGGAUCGGCCGCGGCGAGGAGAUCUUCUUCAACUACCGCUGG